UACAGUCAGUGUGUGACCUCCGUCCCUCCCUGUAACACUGCUAUAAAGGCCGGGUAGUGACAGACUGGGCUCACACACAGCGUGAGGACAACAUGAUUUCUGCCAACCUGAUCGUUCUGGGUCUCAGUCUGUGCUUCCUGGGAGCCAGGGCUACGGAUCCGGCAGAGAAGCCGGGCAGUUGUCCUUUGGACGUGGAUUACCCACGAUGUGACUCGGUGAAUACAACCAAUCCGAAGAACGAAUGUCGGACAGACGGAGACUGCAAGGAGGACAGAAAGUGCUGCUUUUCUGGCUGUCAGAAUAAGUGCCUCCUGCCUCUGAAAGAUAAGCUGGACUCCUGUCGUUACUAUGAUGCCUCCAUAUGUAUACGCGUUAUCGCUUUGCCCAGUAACUGCCAUACAGAUGAACAAUGCCAAGGAACCGACAGAUGUUGCUGUGGCUGUAGCCGUAGGUGUACCUCAACAGGGACUGUGAAAUCUGGAUUUUGUCCUUCUAAGAAGUCAGACAAUGUGGCGGCUUCUGAAGAAUCCUUAGUCAAACCGUUUCCCAAACCAAAAUGCCAGAGCGACAAGGACUGUUCUGGACUAAUGAAGUGUUGCGGUGGGAGAUGUGUAACGCCAAUAAAAGAGCACGCCGGCUUCUGUCCAAUCAGCAACGAGGAGAUAUCUUGCAUUAUAUCACUAGAUAAACCCCUCUGCAGCACUGACGCGGAUUGCAAGAAGAACGAGAAAUGCUGUCUGUCUAAAUCUAAAAACCGCUUGCAGUGUGUACCGGCAUUGAAAGAAAAGCCUGGCGUGUGUCGUGUACGGCAAAUCUUCAUGAAGUGCCUGGUACCCUUUCCCCCCGGUAAUUGUAAUUCGGAUAGAGACUGCCCUGGAAAUAAGAAAUGCUGUUACGAUAUGUGUCAAUUAAAUUGCAGAGAUGUCUAAGAAAACGAAUCUCUAUCCGGUAACGAGUGACGGACGCUGCAUAGCACAUAGCACACUGAUGGCACGCCUCGUGAUCCGUCCUACUAUCUCUCCGCUUGGGAUGGACUGUGUCCCACCAAUUCCCGUCCAAUCAUUGCUAAUUACUGUCACUUGAUGUAACUGAUUCCAAUAAAUAGAAAUAUCAUCA